AUGCCUUACCACGCUUCCGUUAUGUACCCCAACGAGGAUGACACCGCCUUCGAUGAGACCUACUACAUGCAGACCCACAUGCCUCUGGUCGAAAAGACCUGGUCCAAGCACGGCCUGAUCAGCUGGAAGGUUGUCAAGUACUCCAGCUCUCUCGACGGCUCCAAGUCUCAGUUCUUGAUUGCUGCUCUUCUUGAGUUUGAGAGCGAAGAGGCUGCCACCAACGCCCUCAAGGACCCCGAAUCUGCCACCAUCUUUGGCGAUAUCCCCAACUUCACCAACAAGAAGCCCAUUACCAUUGCUGGCAGCCAGCUUUAA